AUGUUCAAGAAGCCGCUGGCGAGUCACAAGCCCUGGUCACCGCUCAAGAACUCUGAACGACGCAAGCUCGCCGAGGAGAUUGCAAAGACGUUCGCCGUCUCGACAGAGCUCGCUCGACUGCUCGUCCCGGAUGGCAUCCUCACUUCUCGCGGCAUCACGCAUCUCGACGAGUCUGUGACUCUGUACGCUUGUCACCUGACGGCUGACUUGCCCGCUGCGACGCCAUACGAUCCGCUAUGGUUCAGGAUAGGCAAAUCGUCAAAUGACUUGCUCGUGCCGUCUGUGUACACACUCCUGCGCUACCCGGCACUGUUGUCAAUCAUCGUCACUGCUCCCAUGGUCAUCGACAAGCUAGCAGAAGGAGCGGAUCUGUUCAGACCGGGGGUCAACACGUCCUGUCUGAGACGGCUGCCUCCCGCGUACACCGAAGGUACUCUCGUCGCUGUAUCUUCAGGUGACGAUUCAGAGCGCCCCUGCGCCGUCGGUCAACUCAGCGCAACGCCUGAGAAGCUCGCCCGCGCUGCGACGGGCAAAGUUGUCAUCACCUUGCACGCCGAGCAAGAUCAUCUAUGGAUGUCGGGCACGCAGUCAGAGCCACAACGCAUCGCUCUGCCCACGCUCGAAGCAGAAGCUGCCAGCCUUGCCUUGGACGACAGCGUGCAGCCUGAAGAAGUACCUGAGGCGCUCACGAAAGAAGCUGCCGUUGAGCCAGCAAAAAUGCUGCCAGUGGAAUUAGUGGACGCGCUGCUGGAACAAGCACUGUGCUAUGCUGUCGUCAAUACGCUGCCCAACAAGUCGCAAUUCCCUCUGUCAGCCUCGGUCGUGUACAGUGCGCAUAUUCUGCCGGCUCGGCCGGCAGCUCAUGCGGAUCACAUUGCUCAGAUCGACGUCAAGCGGUCGUCACACAAAACCUUGGCCAAGUUCCUCAAAGCUAUGGCUGCAAAAGACUUGCUCACGCUCAAAGAGAUGAAGCCUGAAGCUCUGGUGUUGUCGAUCAACAAGGAUGCUGCACCCUUGAAAGAGCUCCGGCCGUACAAGACGAUGGCAAAACUGACUGCUCAAGCCAGAGCAAGCGAAGCACAAGAGGCUAAAGAGGAAGCGAGCGCGAGUAGUAUCAGCGUGACGGACGUCUACAAACCCCAUGGUCAGACUGUGGCAUUCUUCGAAAAGACGUCUCGCUCGAAAGAUCCCUUGACGGCUGCUCAGGCCAGGAAAGCUUUGAUCGAUUACGUUGACAAAGAGAAGUUGAUCCAUCCCGUCGAUCCGAAAUUUAUCAGUAUCGAUCCCUUGCUCGGUCAGACGCUGCUCAAAUCGAACGAGAAUGUGGACGCUAUAGAUCGAAGUGAUGCGAUCCAUCGACUGUUGCAGCACUGUCAGAAAAUGCAUCGCGUCCAGCUGCUCGGCGGCAAAACAGAGCUAAGGAAAGGAACGCCGACAACUGUCAAGGUCGAAAUAAAAGCAAGGCAAGGCCGCAAGGUUGUCUCAAUCAUUACCGGCCUGGAACUCUACGGCUUUCUGCCCGAGCGGGUGUCUUCUGAGCUGCAGGUCGCAUGCGCGUCGAGCACAAGCGUCGAUCAAGUCUUUGGGAGCAAGAAGGGCGCCAUGGAGGUGCUCGUCCAGGGCGACCAGAGCAAGACCAUCUCGGACUACCUGGAAGUGCAAGGCUUACCGAAGCAGUUGGUCGAAGUGAUUCCACUUCAGCGUAAGAAGAAGUGA